AUGGCACCAAUCAUCGACAACAACAGCAACGGGUGCUCGAUGGAUGAGGAGUUGGAAGCAGAGGCCGCCGUCCUGAAGCAAAUCCAAAACAAGCUUUCGGAAAAGAUGGGAAUGAUGACCCCGCCCACUGAGGAGGAGCAGAAAGCGAUAGAUGCCAGAUCGGUCUUCAUAGGGAACGUGGAAUAUGGAGCGACGAUCGAGGAGCUGCAGGACCACUUUAAGGGCUGCGGGGAGAUUGUGAGGACUACGAUUCCAAAGGAUAAGGUGACAAAGAAACAAAAAAAUUACGCCUAUAUUGAAUUCGAGUCUUCUGCCAGCGUGGAAAACGCUAUCGUCAUGAAUGGAUCAAUUUUCCGAGACAGGAAGAUUGUGGUCACCUCGAAACGAACAAACAAGCCUGGUAUGGGAGCUACGAGAGGAAGAUGUGGAGCAUUCAGAGGAGGACGUGGAGGUCCGCAAACCGUGGUUGUCAAAUAUGUGUAUGUGAAUGCGACAGCACCAAGAGGACGUGGAGGAUUUCGUGGAGGACGGGGCCGAUUUAACCCAUAUUAA